AUGAUCUAUCUAAAAUGUUUACUUGUCAUUAGUAUUUUUAUUCUACCUGCUUUUUGUAUUGACACCGUACCAAUAACGACACAAGAACCAACAGAAGAUGGAACUGGAACCGAUUCAACUGAUGUGGUAACAGUCAUAGUCUCCACAAGUUAUAAACCAACUGUUCCCGCUGAACUGAUGCAGGUUCUGUCUAAUAUUACAGUGCCCACAGUAGAUGGAAAUGUCACAUUUAGAUCGAUGAACAGAACGACGUCAGUAGGAGUAAAGAGACGUGUUCUUAUAAUAAACCAACCAAUGUUACGGCAGAGCUUAAAGAAAAGAAAGAACAAAAAGAAGGAUAACAAAGAUCAAGACCCACGCCUAGCUGCAGUAGAAAGUCUCCUUUAUGAAGAAUACGAUACGAAUGGAGAGAAACUUGUCGAAAUAAUGAUGUACAGCAUGGAAGAUGUUUCGAGAUUCUUCCAGUCUUAUCUUCACACACAGGUCUGUUAUGGCCAAUGUGAAACUGCGUUAUCCUAG